AACAUUGCAACAAUGUAGAAAAUGUUUCUUUCGAAUUCGGUUUAUGGGAUUGCAACUCUAGUUAUUAUUUGUGGGCUAUAAAUGGGUGAAUUAUAUCAAAUGUACAUAAUUAUCUUAAUGAAAAAGUAUAGUCUUCAGUAUUUGACACCUUUAUUUUUUAAAAUUGGUUCAAAACCGGAACAGGGCAUGCCAAUAAACGAAAUUGAGAGAGUGCAGGAAAAAGAAAUUCACAAGUUAACAGAUGUGAAACAAUUCAAAAAAAUUAACUUCUUUAUCCUAAUCAUAAAUGAUAUGAUGGUGAGUUUGGUGUCAGUCUAUACCUCUGUAGGUUUGAGGCCAAGGCAAGGAAUCGAUUAAUGAUGUACUUAAGUUUUGUGUUUUGUUUUUUGUCGGAAAACAGAUUCUUUUAGAAAAGGUGUCAAAAUGCUGAGGAGAGGAUAAAUCGUUUCAUUUAUAUUUUGGUAAUCAAAGUAUUGCUCCACAUAUGGAAACGUUGUAUCAUUUGCUCUCCAAGGUCGCCUUAACCAUUGGAGAAAACUGGAUUUUUUUCGCAAAAUUACAUUUUUGGUACAGAAUCUAUUAUUUUCUUGUAAUGGCCCAAGCUGAUUAUUUUGUAAAAAUGAUUUAGCUACCAAUUUAUGAAAAAAAAAUGAAAGAAAUCCCAACAGUUUUGUCGGAAAACGUCGAUUUAUAGCAGCUCCUCCUGCCGAUUUAGAUAGGAAAUUUCAAGAAAUUUGAGGUUUUUGGCUGUUCCGAGCUCGUUUCUUACUCCCUCUCUCACAGGCUAUUUCUUUGUUCGAGUUGGCCCAAACGGAUUUGUGGAGGGAAUUUAAUAAGCUUGAAGAUGAUGUAAAACUCAUUAUGAUUGGUUGUGUAGUUUUAUCGGAAAAUAAGAAUAAUAGCCCUCCAAUCCACGUUUGGCUCUCAAAGGGUAAAAAAAUCUCUCAAGCGUGAUAUAGUCGAUGUAUGGAUAUGACGUCAUAUUUCUAUUUGCUUGGCUAGUAUUCGGAGUGUUAAGCUUCUUUCUCGUACAAUUUGGCUAAAUUUUGUUAUAAUUUGGAUUUUUGGUGUGAUUGUAUUACUUUUAUUAAAAACCCAAAUGUCCUGAGACAAGAUCUUUGCAACAAUAACGUUUUAUUUGUGCAGAAACUGCAAUUUGGAGUGUGGACCGUUCGAAAAUUUUGUAGGGGAGCUAACUUACCUAGCAUAUAGGCCAAGCCAAUCCCGCCAACAUGAAAGCGUGGAAAAGGAGAUAAUUACUCUAGUCAAUUAUCACUAGUCAGUUAUACAGAUGCAUUUUAUCUGAAUGGAACGACCUGUUAGAAAACCCCGCGUCAAUUAUAAGGAAUUGGCUGAUGGACCAUCCAUUUUAAGCGGGACACCGGUAAAGAAAUCUAGCUGGUCAACUCGCACUUUCUUUGAACUUAAUAUUAUUGAAACAAAACUAGAAAACGAAGUACUACUUGUCAAAGUACAUUAUAUUGGCUGGUCUAAUAAGUACGACGAGUGGAGAUUAGCGUCAGAUGUUAUCAACAUUCCAGAAGAAUUUAUAACUUAUACAGAAGAGGCAUAGCAGCUCUUUUACAAGAACCUAAAGAUUUCAAUAAAGGAAGCUUUGCAUUGUCAACGAAAAGUGGACAGCCUAGUGGAGAUACGCAUACAGGUUCCUCGAGAUUUGUUUGAGGAACUUAAAGCUUAUUGUAUUCCACUGAAACGAGGAAUAUUUCAGUUGACAGACUUCAAAUCAGUUGAUCAUCUGUUGGAACCGGGAUGGAAUUAUAGGAUAGUGAAUAAGCAAAAAGAUUUUGCGUAUGUUGCGGAGAAGAUUAAUUUUCGUUUAAGUGAACGUGAACCGCUUCAAGAAUUUGAUGCAGAUGGGCAGCUGAAAUUAACACACCGUGGGUUUAUUCUUGUAGUGAAGUUUGUUCGAGGUUUGGGAAAUAGUCAUGACUUGGUUCAUUUCUUAAAGUAAGCAGAUCUGAUCUAUUGAGUUAAAAAAGUUUACAUACAGUACAGUAUAUACAUUUUUAUGUAUGUAUGUAGUACUGUACACAUCAGUUAAAAAAAAAUUAGAUCAUGUUGCAGCUUUAAAUUUAAAUUAGUUAAUUUUAUGAUUAUUGUACUGUAUAUACAGUAAAUAUCCAUGUAUAAAGUAAUUAUUAUAGUACUGUAGCUACUGCACUCUAAAUUCGAUAUCUUUUGACUGUCUAUUAAUCAUGGCGUCAGCUAUUUUAUUUCAGAUAUUCCUUUCUUUUAUUACUUGUUUAGCUGUUGAAUCUGCUCCCCAGGCAACGUCGGCAUUCCCCCACAUCUUAAAUGUUGAAAUAAAUAACCUGCUCUUAUACAACAUUGCUAUCAAAGAUGUUAGCCACCCUAAAUCUUUUGAAAAUACGCAUACAGUUUUAAAAUCUCUCCUUAAAAAAAAUAGCAUAUCAGCUGAUAAUGUUGACACAUCACAAGUAAUGAAGACAUUACAGUAUAAAAUUAAAAAAAUGUAUGAGAAGGUUUCUCAAAAAUCUAAAGCAGGUGGAAUGACUUUUAAAAAUUACCUUAAUCAAUUAAAUAGCACGAACUAUACCCUGAAAUUGCCACAUGCAACUGGCAGCCCAACAAAACGUAAAUUAGAAGAGACCCUAAACAAUGAAAGAGCUAAGCGACAAAAACUUGAGAAUGACAUAUCUAAAUUGGAAAAUGAUCUUAAGGCAACAAAGUCCGAGAAAUGUGAUCUUUUGAGAAAAAUUGGUAAUCCCCAAAGUAUUGGCAAAAGAGGAAAAGCUAGAAAUAAAUUCAAUUACAAACAGGCACAGCAGUACAGAAAUCGUUCCAGUAAUAUUAAGACAAUAAAAAAAAAUGUUGAAGACAUGGCUAAUGAUGCUGGGUUUAUUCUGCUUGAUUUGAAAAUGAAAGAUAGAAAGGGAAAAUUAAUCAAUGUUGCUAUUACAGAUGAAAAUGAAGAGGAUAAUAAUGAUUUAGAAAAAGAAAUCGCGGAAAUGGUUUUUGUCUUAGAUACCUUCAACAUUUCUAUAAAGGGUUACAAUGAAAUAGCACAACGCUAUGGUAAUCUUCCAAGAAUUAAUGCCAUUUCUAAAAAAAAACAGAAAAUGAAAGAGAUGUGCCCCUUAACAAAAAUUGAUAAAGAAAUUGAUGGUAACAGACAUAUUGGGGUUUUUCGGUCAAUAGAGCAAACUCUUCAGUCGGUAUUAAAUGACCCAAAUAAAUCUCAUUUAAUUAAAGAUGGUCUGAUAAAAAUAAAACUUAGUGGGGAUGGAACACGUGCAGGCAAAAAAAAGCAUUUCGUAAAUUUCACCAUAACAAUCAUUGGGGAAGACUCAUGUAAAUCAGAACAAGGAAAUUAUCUUGUGGCUAUUGUAAAGUGCCCAGAAACCAAUUUUUAUUUAAAAUCAACAUUAAGUGAAAUGUUUGAGGAAUUUGAUAAUCUUGAGUCGAUUGAUAUCAAUAAUAGAACUAUUCAGGUUGAAAAGUUCCUAGGUGGUGAUCUCAAAUUUCUAAAUCAAAUUACAGGAAUUGGUGGAUUUUCCAGCACUUACUCAUGCUUGUGGUGUAAGUGCCCAAAAGAUUUGCGCUACGACAUGACAAAAGAAUUGUCCAUGAGUGACAUAACUAAAGGGGCACGAACUCUCGAAGAAAUUCGUAUGUAUGCUGGGAAAAAGAAAAACAAUUUUAACUGUACAUCACAACCAUUAUUUCACUCAAUUCCUCUUACCAAAAUUGUCCCAGACACAUUGCAUCUAUUUUUAAGGAUCGCUGAUCAACUGGUAUACCACAUCAUUAAAUAUCUGCAAGAUCUCGAUAAUCAUGUUCGUCUUUCAUCUGAUAAUUUAUCUAAAUGUCAGAACUUGCAGAAGUUUCAGACAUUUAUUGCAAGCAUUGGUAUGACAGAUUGGUAUUUUUUUGUAAAAGACGGAAAGCUCAAAUAUGAUUCAUUUACAGGCCCUGAACAUCGUGCUAUAUUGUCCAAGACAUUAUUCCAGACCAUCCAAAACUUGGUGAAAUAAAGACAUCCUGGAAAAAUUUCCGGGAACUUAUGGACCAACUAAAUAUGGACAUGACUGAAAAUGAUAUACUUAACUUUGAACAGAGUGCAAAACAAUGGGUACAUAUAUAUGGUAGUCAGUUACAUUUAACUAAAUAUGUGACGCCAUAUAUGCAUAUUUUGGCAUACCAUAUACCUGAAGCAAUCAGAAACCAUGGAAAUAUAGUUAAUUUUUGCCAGCAAGGGUUAGAAAAACUAAAUGGUUUAGUAACAAAGUGGUACUUCCGAUCAACUAAUUAUGAUUCUAAUGCUCUUGCUCAAAUCAUGCACAAACAAAACCAGCUAAGAAUCCUAGAAGGGACAUGUAGGCGACUGCCCAAGUUUCAAACAGUUUAUUCUAAAUGCAAACAAAUAGGUAACCACAAUAAACGAACAUGUAAAAAUUUACGGGUCUAAAUUAAAACCCAUUUUCUAGUACUGUACUUUGUAUUAUGACAAGAUUACAAUUAAAGAAUUUUUCUUUUUAAAAGGUGAAUAUUAUUAACUCUUACAAUUAUAUAUUAUAUACAAUAUUAUACAGUGUACAGUAAAUAUCUUGGUAUUUAUACAAAACAGGGUUGUAUUUUAAAGUAAUAGCAUAUCUGCUGGUUUAAUCCAUGAUUAUAUUUUCAUUUACAGUCCUGGUAUUGAUGGUAUUAACAACAGUUAUGACAUUGUUUAUUAAGGACAAAGUAAAAAUUUCAAGUUUGAUUUGUAAUCAGUUAUAUACAAUAAAGAUAUUUGCUAAUUAGGUAAUAGUAUUACCCAUUGAUAACAAUUAACUUUAUUCGCAACAUGCAGUAUUGACAAUUAGGAGUAGGCCUAUUUUUUACAUUGUACUGCUACUGUGUAAUGUAUAGCUUUAGAAUUUUUUUUUAGUAUGUGACUGUUUUGGGUAGUAUUUUUAUUUUGUUUUAAUGUCAUCUAUUUGAUGUAUUGGUGAUUUUGUUAAAUUUGUGUAUGUUUUACUGUAGUAGCCACAGUGUAAUAAUGAAAAUCCAAAGAAGUAUCACAAUAUACUAUUGUGCAAGCUAAAUAAUCUGCCAUUGUUUUAUCAAUAUUCAAUAUUUUCACAGUCUCAGCUAGCAACUCAAAUAUAUAUAUAUAUAUAUAUUUAUCUAUAUAUUUUUUUUAAAUUUUAUAAUAAAAGAAAGCAAUAUUCCUCAUACGUUACAGUACCUUGAAGUGUUAGUAAUAGAUUUACUUCUGUUCAUAGUAAUUAGAUUGUAUAAAAUGAUUGAUGUCAGAAUUAAAUCUUUCAAGUAUAUAAGCUGCAGUGGUUUUUAUUAUAAUCACAAAACUUGUGCUAUUAUACUUAAGUUUUUAAUUUAUAGUAAUGUGUCAAUCAUAUAAUAUUUUGAUUUGAUUUGUGUUGUAACAAUAUUUCAAUUUGUAUUUUUUCCAAUUUAUCAAUAUACAACUAACAAUAUGUGUGUCAUUUAAUUUCUUUAUUUGCUGAAUAUUUUUUACAAUAUAUUUGUAUUCCUUGUUAAAUGUGUAUUAAUGAUUGCAAAAUAUUUUAUACAGUAUCAACUUAAAUAAUUUGUAUUGUAAUUCCAGAGUACAAUCAAUGUUAAUGUUUUUACUUUCAUAUAUUGUACU